AUGAUAAAGGGUGAGAUUAGAUGAAAAUCAUGAGUCACAUUCUCACUGUGCACACACAUAGCUGGAGGACUCAUAUUCCUCCUCAUAAUACCGAUACAGCUGAGCUGAUCGCAAUUCCUGGCAGAUUUGGCACAUGCAGGAGGGAAAGUUUAGUGGAAAUUACUCCAUAAUGCUCAAGGUUAUAAUUUGCUCUGGCAAUGGGCAUGUCAAAUAUUUACAGUUAGCACAUACGGUAUAAUACAUUUAUAAAUAUUUUUAUAUUACAAUUAUUAUCACACAUAGCAAGGUUCCUUUUCAGAUGUCUGUCCUCAAUCCUAUUUGUCCAAAAAGAACACUCCCAGAUAAAUCAUAUAAUUAACAAUAUUGCCUUUUACAUUUAAAGCAAACUGUGUUUUAAAAUAUAAUCCGAUCUGUUGAUUCAAAUUCUGAAUAUGUAUAGUUUUUCUAGUGGUUUUACAUAAUCUGAACUGAAAAACAUAAAAUAAAAACAUUAAAAUGAAGUUACCAACUGCAGAUCAACUUGUCAGUGUAUUUGGGUGGUUUGGCUUAUCUAUAAAUAAAGAAUUCAAAAAAUAAAAACCAGCAUUAAAAGACACUUGCCCCAUGUUCCAAACCCAUUGUUGUCCCAUAGUACAAUAACUUCAAUGCAUACAGUUAAACUAAUGUUCAACAUAAUUGUCCCCCAGUAGUUCUUUAAUCAUGACACAUAUUGUUGCUUUUUAGGGGGAAAUACUAUAUACCAGUAGUACAUUGUGAAAAUUGUGGCAUUUUAUAUAAGCUUUUGGUAUUCAGGGCUAUGGUGCAAAACACACACACACACACACUCUCUCUCUCUCUCCCUCUCCCUCUCUCUCUCUUUUUCCAUUCUGUGGAGCUGGUAAAUUUGUCAUUUAUUUUUAUACCCAGGACUUGAAAUCAAGAGAAAUUAAAUCCUUAAUGUUAAAAUGUUUUACAAUAACUAUUAUAUGAGGCAGCCUAGUCUGCCAUGUUCUUUUCUGUGAGACAGUCCAAUUACAUCCUUGGGAAUAAACAUUGAUCCCCCAAGAAUAGUUAGAGCCCUGGGCUAGCAGUUUGAUUACCACAGUUAAUUGAGGUUGGAAGCCAAUACUUUAUUUAUUUUAUUGCUGGCACGUGAUGGGUUAAAUGUAGACAGUUUUCCUAUUUAAAGAGAAAUGAGUGAGUCCCCCCUCCCUCCUACACACCUUCCUCCCAAGCUGACUCACAUCCCACUGCCUAGGAAGAGUUAAUACAGGAUGGGGAGCCUGCGGUGGAACCUCUGCAUAAACCUCUGCUGCCACGCCUUGGAUAGAACGCCUGCAGCCAAUCAGGGCUCAGAUAGCACAAUAUAAGACACAGCCCCAGCACUUGCUAGAACAGAGAAGCUGAGCUUCAGAACACUCAGACAGUCAGAUACUCAGGUUGAGAACAUCCACUGGGAGACACACCAGGGUCAUCUGUAUUGGUGAGUACCAAGGAUGUAGAGUGUAUAACUGGGCAUUACAGCCCACAGUCUGGCUCCUGGCUGAAUGUCUACAAUUUCCUCAUAUAAAGAGAUCACUACUAUGGCUUGUCACUGUUACUGUCUAUAUUGAGGAAACCAGUAACUGUGUUUAUUUUGAGGCUUUAUAGAGUGAUUCGCUGCAUGAAUUGGAUACUUGAUUUUCCAGCUAAUAGGGUCAAAAUAUCUCUGAACGAGGUCCUGCAUCCCAUUUUUACUGGGUCUGGGUCAUAUGUUCCAAGUUACUCAGCUGCUAAGAUUUUUGUUUUAAUGUAAACAAUCUUUAAUAUGGAGAGACGGCAUCUAGAUGCCCAGAGGUGUUGGUGAUUUCAUUUCUCAGCUCGUUUUGCUAGUAUACAGAGCAGUUGUACUGUACUCCUACACCCAUCAUGUCUAUCCAACUAAAGGAGGAAGCAGAAGCAACAUUUAGUACAUAUGUGAUUUUAAAGGUGUUGUAAACUAGUGCAGAUUUAUUUUACUAUCACUCCAUGCAUCGAUUUAUGUGAAUUCAUGAAAGUGUUAUAAAAUCUUCUUAGUUUCAUAUUUCCUUAUAUGACCAUAGGAGGUAUAAACUAAGUUUUGGAGAGAGAAAGUAAUGUGCUAGUUGGUUAAUGCACCUUCUGUCUCAGGUCAUUGGGAUUUUAUCUACAUUUACACUAUAUAUUGAUUUUUGGGAAAUGUAGUUUCAUGGUUGGGUUCAGACAUUAAACAUUGAGUUACAAUGAACUGGAAAUCAUCUUUUUAGAAUUUACCCUAAAAUAGUCAAGCUGAAUAUUAAGCCAAGCAAAAGAUUUUGUUUUUUUUUCCAACUCAAAACAUUCUGACCAUAUUUAAUUAAAAAUUAAAUUCACCAAAAUUCACGGUUUAAUAAAUCUGGUGAUAUCUUAUUAAGAAGCGUUUUGCCAUGAUUUCUUUUUGACAUGGGUUGGCGCAGGUUCUAUGCGGAUUUUGGUUUUAGAACCCCCCACCCCGCCCACCCAGUAAGUUUAUACCACUGCAGUAUGAUUUAACCUAUUUAAAUUUAUAUAAUUAAUAAAAUAAUAAUAAUAAAAUCUUGAACAUAUAUAUGGCAAUAGAAAUACAACAAUGAAAGACAUAGACACAGUAAUCAUGAUGUUGUGUUAAAUAGUAUGUUCAAAUAUCUAAAAAGAUUUGAAUCAAACUAAUCGGUUUUUCCAAUGUAUUUCAAAAAUCGGAAUUUAUGAAAGAUUGUUUUCCUGAAUGAUCAUAGUAAGAUUACUGUAAAUAUUUAAGUAUAAGAUGGGCUAUUACUGUUAAUAUAUAAAUUGUUUUGUUUUUACAAAUAUUUGCUUUAUUAUCUAACUUUUAAUACUAUAUACUGGACCCAUAAGAAAAGUAAUUUAUAGUGCGUUCUUUAUUCAAAUGUUCUUGUUGUGUUUUAUAAAAAUAAAAAAAAUAAAGGAAAAAAACUGAGUGAGACAUGUUUUAUUAGUCAAUCAUUUUAAGAAAGGUAUAGAGAAAAAGUGUACAUUUUUAAUUAGAAGAUACUUAUUGGUUAAUGUAACAAGAGUUAUAAAAAUAAGCUUUAUACGAAUGUACAUAGUUUUCAUUAAAUACUAAUUCUUGGAAUAAAACAUACACUAUGUAUGAAAAUAGCUUCUAAUUUUACGGGACAUGUUGGCUUUAACUGUCCAUUGUAUUUAUUUUACAAUAUUUUUGAAACAGGUUUCAAAACACAAGUUUAGAGAAUAAUGAACAAUCAUGAGUUCUUUUUGUUGCGCAAUCACCAUAGACAUUAAAUCAACUUGCUUCUAACAUUUUGUGGCUUCAUGGAGAUAAUAAAUGAAUGUGUUACCCAAAAGGACCAUUUUAUUACAGCAGAUUAAAUGAUGAUGAUUUGUCGACUCAUGUCUAGAUUUUACUUUUCAGCUGUAGAAAACCUGCAUUACUUAAAAUGAAGACGCUUUUGUUGUCCUUCGCAUUUGCCUGCAUUCUUAUUGGUGCGCUGGAAGCAGUAAGUGAAAUAUCUUUGCUAAUUUAUCAAUAAUUUGUUCUGUUCUUACUGCCUCGUAUAAAAGACACUUUUGUCAACCAAAUUAUGUUUAGGUGCAUGCUGACUAUCACUAUAGGCAUAACAGAUCCAUUAUUGAUUUUCUUUCUUCUCAUAAAAAAUAUUCACUGUUGAUAUUGCCACUUGCUCUCAGUCUUUAAGUGAUGAUGUUUUACCCCGUCAAGAAUUAUAGCUCUACACUGGAAUGGAAGGCCCAUGAAAUUAUUUUCGUUGCUUUAAAUGAUCCUUCCUCCCUCUCCAAUCAGAUUUAACCCCUUAAGGCCCAAACUUCUGGAAUAAAAGGGAAUCAUGACAUGUCACACAUGUCAUGUGUCCUUAAGGGGUUAAAUUGGUAUGAUCCAGACUGGGACACUUGUUAUCGAGACACUUGCUUAAUUUACAUAGGUCUUCCAAAAGCAUAUUUAGAGCACAGAGUGAUAUAUCUAACAUAUUGUAGGAAGCUGCUAUUGUUCACUUAAUAUUUUAUACGCAGGAGGGUUGACCAAAACAGUAAAGCUCUAAGCAUGAUAGCUUGAUGGGUCUUAUUCCUCGAAAUCCUAACUCACUGGUUGUUUCCCAAGUGCCCAAAGAUGCCCAACUGUCUACAAUUUAGGGACAUCACAAUUUUGUUCCAGUGAGGAUUAUGUCAAAAUACGAACCAUUUGGGUACACACACACACACACACACACAUAUUAAAAAUGCAUUUUAAAAUUGUACCCCUCUUUUAUUUCCACAGAAACCAAGGAAAAUACCAAAUGAAGAUUCAGAAUCUGUCGAAGGUAAGAACAAAUUAGAUUGAAUCAGUGAAAGAGAUGUCUAGAUGCUUGGCUGCAAACGAGGAUUGUCUAGAUAGUGCUUACAAACCAAUAAAGCUGUAAAUUCUAGUGUAUUAAAUACCGAUGCAGCAUAGUCUGCUCACUUCAAACAGUGGAAAACACUACUUAAUUCAGAGUCAAUGAAUGAAUAAUAAUGUAUGUAAUGAAUGUACUGAUUAAGCAUUGUACUUGGAAUCAGAAUUUGAAAAGGUAUUUACUUUUCAAUUAGAUCAAAACCUUAGACCAAUAUAGCCACAUAUCACUUACAGUAUAAUGUAAGUAUUAUGGGUCUUAUCUCAAUCAAUUAGCGAUUCAGUCAUUUACAAUGUAUCCAUUUUCUGCUUAUACAAGCGUACUUUUAAAGGUGAUAAGGCCAUUUUACAUUAUUCAGCAGGGCAUACAAUACUGUCUAAAGGUUGUGUUAGACAACCACUAAGUAUAUAAUUUCAUUGUACAAUUUAGAAUAUGUAUUUCUUCUUUUGACUUUGCAUAGAAUGUGUCUGUUUGAAUGGAGGAACUUGUGCAUACUUUCGUCUUUACGGAAGACCGUACAGGUGUGUCUGCCCCUUGGGUUACGCUGGAGAACAGUGUGAAAUAGGUAUGGGUACAUUUUUAUUGUCAGUACAUAUUGAUAUUAACAAAACUCAAAAGACCAGUUAAAAAAACGAAACAAUUAUUUGACCUAUAUACAACCAGUGAAUGGAUUGAUUGGUCGCCUGAGUGCCAGAGAACAUGCAAAUGUUUCAAAAUAAAAAGGAGUCUGCGUCUAUAGAGAAGUUAUGGUUUGAUAUAUGUGGGGCAAAGACCCACAGAAAUGAAUGGAAUGUUUCUGAUGAGUAUGUUAAAAAAAAGAAAUAUGGUCCACAAAUGGCAAACACCAUAGAGUAAUGAAUUUAUCUCAUGUGACCAUUCCGAUAUCUCAUCAUACUUUUAUUGAUCUCUAUGAUAGUGUAAUUAAUUCAAAGUCAUUCUUUAUUUUAUUAUUAUGUUAGUAGCAAUGCUACUAACCCAUGUACUACUAUCCUUUCUGUAAAGUAGUAUUUUGGCAACGUCUUACACUCUAAUAUUGGAAAUUGUUUAGAAGCUAAAACAGUGUUUCCUUUAAAAUUUUACUAUCAAUAAAUGUUUAUUAAUGGUUUAAUAUUUUAAUUAAGUAUCUAUGGUAACAAUCAAUUAUCUGGUUCACAUGUCUGUAUUUUAUACAAAACAUUGUACAUUAAAAUAGCAUCGAUAUGGACCCGCUUAAUUAAACAUGUUUAGAAACUUAUUAAAAACUGCGUAGAAGUUUAACUGUUAGGAAUUCCAUCUUGGAAUAUUAAUUAAUGAUCAUGACUCUUCAUCCCAAAGUCAUGAGUUAGAAAUUCUAAUGGCUAGCGACGACCAAGUAACUGCACAAAUUCAGGGCAUAUCCAGUUUGUAUAAAAAAAUAAACAAACCAGAAUUACACAGAUGGAAUUAAAUGUUUUGUAAUGUACAUCAUACUCUUUUCUUUUUUAGAUAUUAGAUCCAAGUGUUACGAUGACAAUGGCAAGGACUACAGGGGUAUUGUGUCUAAGACAAACCAUGGCAGGGAGUGCCUGUACUGGGACUCUAAAGAGUUAAAAAACAGUUAUUUCAACGCACACAGAGCCAACGCACUGGAACUUGGUCUUGGCAGUCACAAUUAUUGCAGGUAUUAAUGCAGAUCUGUCACGUUGUGCUCUAGAGCAGAACAUUGCUGCUCACUGCAACUGAAGCUGAAUCCAUCAUUGCAGACAGCAUAGUAUCAUUCAUCCCUUCUGCAAAAUAGUUUCCCUAAUAUUAUAUUCUUUUCAGUAUUUAAUGUUUUUAAAACACUGAUUUUGUUUUUACAGGAACCCAAGCAACGGCAGGAAACCCUGGUGUUAUUUCAAAAGUGGAAGAAAGGUUUUAACCAUGCAUUGUGAUGUACCACAGUGUGAGAAAGUAGAACCCACAGGUUAGUAGCUCACAUUUCUUGCGGGCUUCAUUUUUUUUUUUUUUAUGAAGGAGGCAGUCUCCCCCUAGUGGACUUUGUUAAAAUGUCAUACUCUGUUGCUGUAAAUUAAAUGCCUCUCUUUCUAUAUGUAACACAAUAUGAGUGGUAUGAGACAUUGAUCACCAAAAUGUCUAUCGUUUCUUCUUAUUUCUGGCUGAUUGCAGUUGUGUCUUAGUCACAAACUAUCAGUUAAACUAUUUAUAUAGCGCCAUACCACCAGCUAUGCUUUGAUAGGGGCUAGCAGAAAGUCUGCUUCAACAAUGACAAAAAUGUGUAGAUGCCAUUUAAGUGAAUGGUUUUUAAGUGACUUUGUUUUUCUCUUAGUUCCAGUACCCACCUGUGGUCAGCGUCAGCACAAAAUGUACAAGGUCGUGAGAGGAGGUAGUACCCCCAUCGAAUCCCAGCCAUGGAUGGCAGCACUUUACCAGAUCUCUAGGAGACACAAACAGGAAACUUUCCUAUGUGGAGCCAGCCUUAUAAACCCCUGCUGGGUGAUGACAGCAGCACACUGCUUCCCUGACGCGUAAGCAAAGCUCCAAUAUGUCAUCCCCUUCUGUUUUGUCUACAGUUUUUGUUCUAAGCCCUAAAAUAUUUUUCACAAACAAAUCUCAAAUUAUUGUAUAAUAAAGCAGGGCAUAGCAUGGCCUUCAGAGACAAUUCUAGUUACUAUUAAAGGAACACUAUAGGGUCAGGAACACGCCCCCCUAAAUAUAAUAAAAUCUUACUUUUAUUCCAUUGCUGUGCAGGUUUGUCGGUGCUGGCUCUGCCUCGGCCCCACAUCCUUGGCAGACAUCAUCCUAUUGGAAAGCAUUGGAUGGGCUGAGAUCGUCAAAUCUGAUGAUCUCAGCCAAGGUGGUGGGGUGGAGCCAAACACUUUCUUGGCCAAUCAGCAUCUCCUCUUCUCUGAAAAGACAGUGUUUAGUGCAAGAAGCCUGCAACAGCUGACUAUAUUCAUCAGAACAACUACAUUAAGCUGUAGUGGUUUUGGUGACUGUAGUAUCCAUUUUAACCCAUUAAUAUGUGAAGUACUUUGUCAUAUCUCCUGCUAUAUAGUUUGAAAAUUCUAAACAAGCACAUGGAUUUUGCUCCAUUUGUGACAGUACAUAUAAAUCUCUGUAUAUACUGAAAUACAAAGUAAUACAAAGUAAAAUACAAAGUAAAUUACCAUUCUACUUUAUUUAUUUUUAAAUAAAGAUGUUUAUUGAGAUUUUUGCUUAACAGGGUAAAAGCAAGGCAUCAGAAACAAAUCUCCUAAUUGAGAAUAACGAUAACAAGUAAUUCAGACACCCAGACCACUUCUGCCCAUUGGAGUGGUCUGGGUGCCAACUCCCACUACCCUUAACCCUGCAAUCCUUAUUGUAUAUACACUGGAACACUUACACACUCAAUAAUUCAGAAUAAAUGCUUUCCAUUCCAUUCAACUAUGGUACUAAUCAACAAACAAUGUCUCUUUGCAAUUUAGGGAUUUUGUGGAACCCAAAGACUAUGUCAUCAUACUCGGAAAGUCUAACCUCGAUGAGACCAAUUUAGAGAAAGAACAAAAAUUCUUAGUGGAAAAGAUUAUUCGCCAUGAAAAUUUUAAUGACCUCACUGGAGCACUGGACAAUGAUAUCAGUAAGAGAUGUUUAGUUUGCAUGGAAAUGGUGGGCAUUAAGCCUCAAUGUGUUAUGUUUGGAAAAGUUGCAUUUAAACUAAUGCCAAAAAUUCUCUUUUUAUUUAUUUUCAGCAUUGAUAAAAAUACGCUCCACAUCCGGCCAAUGUGCAUCUCUAACAGACUCUGUGCAAACCAUCUGUCUCCCUCCAUCUGAUAUAAAGCUGAGGGAAGGUACCAAGUGUGAAAUAGCUGGAUUCGGGAAAGAGUCAUAUAGUGAGUACAUACAUUUUUCUAAGCAAAGCGUUUCCAUGGAUCCACUGGAUAGGACGUAGAAAUUAACUUAAAACUGAUCAGACCUUUCCAUUUCGGUGUUUUCAUCUGAAAUUCAUCCAUUUAAAAAAAAAAACAUUCCAAGCACCAUAGCCACUACAACAUGCUAAUGGUUUGGUACCCUGGGGUUGGCCAGGUUACCCCCUUCAUUGAGAGCUUUCAUUAAUUCUUCUGAGCUAAGCCGCUCUCAGCCAACGAGCUAAGCCCUGCACUGCCGAGCUAGCUCAGAGCAGAGGACUUCCGGCCCAGCCACCACCUCCAGUUGUCAAACCAUUUGCAAUCACUUUGACGACUUACAAAAUGGUGACCACGGCACUCCCAGCACCAUAACCACUACAUCACACUGCAGUGGUUAUGGUUCUUGGAUUGUUCCUUUUAGUUCUUCCAGAUUUCCUGGAGUUUGGAAAUUGUAGAUCACUCAAACCAACUUUGCUUUUGUUUUUGUUUUGUUUUUACAGAUAGCAUUGUUUAUUCUCAACUUCUGAAAUCUGCCUCAGUCCAGCUGAUCUCCCAGGAGGUGUGUCAGUCAGAUAAAUACUAUGGGAAACUUUUGAAUAACAAUAUGUUUUGCGCUGGAGACCCUGAAUGGAAGGUCGAUGCUUGUAAGGUGAGACGCUGCUCUGAAGCUGAAUUAAGCUUUUUUUAAAAGCUAAUUUUAAAGGACAUAGGGUGGGAUCUCUUCCUUAAAACAGAAGCAGCAGUAGUAGGCUUUAAUUUGAACAAAUUUUGUCUCUUAUAGGGGGAUUCCGGUGGACCUCUGAUAUGUGAAUACAAUGGACAGAUGGCGCUGUAUGGCAUAAUUAGCUGGGGGGAGGAAUGUGCAAAGGAGCACAAACCCGGUGUGUACACACGUAUCACGCAGUACCUACCCUGGAUAAACGAGAAGAUGUCAGAGGACAAUAUACUGCGAAGUAAGAAAAUCUUAAAAUGAAAACCAUUUCGAAUUCCUUCUUGGUAACAGCUCAAAGCGAUCAGUGAAAUCUCUUAUCUUUCCCUCGCCAGUGGAGUAUCGCAGACCUUGUUUACAUGAAUCAGUAGCUUUUGCUAUUAAGCGGUUGUCAUUUUUUAAAUUUCAAUGAAUCUGUGUUGUAUGAAAAUAUUCUGACUGGUUUAUACUAUGCUGUUGCAGAGAUGCAAUUACUGUUUAAACCAGGUUACUCCAAUGUAUCCAUUUUAUUUGUACAUUUUCCACACCAGCAUUUCUGUAUGUGUGUUGUGGGCUAUAUUAAAUGGACACCGCGGGCAUUAUAACCCUUUUAUUUUAUUGAAUUGAAUAUUGAAAAUAUUAUAGUCCCCUGGCACUGUCCCUCCAUUCAGUGUUAAACCAAUUAAACUGUGAAUGACGGUCCCCAAUAAAUUCUUCCUCAGUCAUACCAAUUGAUACCAGCAAUAGACAUCUGUAAUAGGCUACAAGUAAUCAGCUGACACUCUCAACCAAUCACCUCAACCUGUUAUUGCUUAGGCUAAUGCUUCCUUAUUAGCCUGAGCAGCACAGAGUGGUGGACUGCUGGAGACUCUUGUUUAGCAUCAAAACAUUAAAAAUGGUUUCACACUGAAUGAAGGGUUGAUGCUAGGGGGCUCAAGACACUAUACCCACAUCUAUGAGAUAAAGACGUUACGGUGCCAACAGUGUCCCUUUAAGUUACUACAUUACCAUUAAUAAUGACAGUCGUACCCACAAUAAAUUAUGUGGCUUGUGAAUUAAAAAAAAAAAAAAUGUAGGAUUGGGAAUUAUUAGAGUGUUAAAAUAUGCAUUCAUAUAGCCUCUUAAUUUACAGACAUGUCUGUUUAAAAUACUCCCCAAAUAUUACUAAUGCCCAGUUUGUUAUAGGUUUUACCUGUAAGAUAUUUAAACCUGAAAACUUUUCUGAAUGGCAGUGACCUCUAACCACUAGCUAAAAGGAUUCUGGCAAACCUUGUGCAUCAAGUAACCUAACUAGUCGUUUACACGUCCUUUUCAUAGUGCACACUUCUAGUUAAGAAAAGUAAAUUCUACUUUUGAGGAAUAAGACCUAAACAGGGUUGGCAAGGGCUUCGCCAGGUUUAGGCCAAAAUGCCUUUCAGCUUGACUAUUUUGGUUUAGAUGCUUCAUGUCCGUUAGUCAUUUCACAAUUUUAUGUUCACUUAACCCAGUUAAUACUUAUAUAAAUGAAGGUUUUUAAAAAAAAAAAAAAAAAUUAAAAAAUUGCACUGGUGUUUUUUUUUUAAACCCCAUUGCUGCUUAAAGAGAUGUAUAAUAGAUUUUAACAUGUUCUGUAGAGGAAGGUUACAGUGUAUAUCUCUGUAUAAUCCACAGAGUAGUUUAUUUAUUUAUUUUUAAAUCUCUUUGGCAAGGCAGGGGUUAAAAUACACAUUAUUAAUGAAUCAUUCUUCAUAAAUGUAUAUCCGUAAAUGUGGAUUAACCUUUGUACAUAUGUAACCAGUAAGUUAUUUAUAAAUAUUUAUGUUAUUUAUAUAACUAUUUUAUAUGUAUUUAUAUGUGGAAGAAAUUGUUUAGAUUAAAUGAUGCCCUAUGACUUUUAAAUAAACAUUACGUAUGUCUCUUAAAAUAUCAAUACAGUUGAGUUUAUUAAAGAAAUAAUUAAAUGUGGUGGCUUUAAAACAGUGUUUUAAAAUUCAGACCAAAAUAACAGAGUUAGGGGAAAUAAAUGACCACAUAAGCUCUAGUAACUCUGUUAACUUACUAGUUAGUAUACAAUUUCCUAAAGAUGCUUUGAUUAUGGACGUUAACAUUAUUUGUUACUCCCAUAUCCAAUAUGGGCCCGUGAUCUUCCAAAAAAUAUCUAAUCACUGAAUUGUAUCUGAAGCGAUUCUGAAAUUGUAGUGUAUCUGUGCCUUUCAAGAAAAUAAUUGUUAUCUGUAGUAAAUGUGCCAUCUACCUCACUAUAGUGUAAAUAAAGCUGUGAGUGUUCGUUUAAUUCCCGGUUUACUCACUUGAGUCACAAAAAUGUAAUAUUAGCGUGACAAAAUGCACAUCGACGUUCAACGUGAGGCUUGCUGAGUUCGUAAAUUUAUAUAUACUGCCCUUGAGGUUGAUCACGGAAAUUCAAAAAAUUAUGCAAAAGUAGCUAAAAUAGAAAUAUUCUCAAACUUCUUAUUCAAGCUCAGCUAAUUGGCCUAGAAUUUGCAAUUUCACGAGAUAGUUAUUGAGAAUUCGCAAUCUAAAGAAAACUCUGCGGAUAUAGCUUGCAUAGAUUAUCCUUUGCGUUUGCCCUUUUUACGUUUACAUGUGGUCGUUAAUGGUUGGUUCUCCAGCUAUUGCUCCAUCAAAACUCCAAUUACUUUCUUUCUGAUUUAUCUUAACAAAUGUUAAAAUCAACAUAGGAGGCAACACAGCCAAACGUCUUUCUGGUUUGUUCACUGUAAAGUUAACUUGCCGUACCUUUUCCAAAGGUUAAAUAACAAAAGGUACAUAGAUCUUUCCAGGGUUGUUGUUUUAAAGUGAUAUCUCUCUAUUUUUUAUUUUUUUAUUUUUUUUUUAUAUUAAUGAAUGUCAUGCCACUGUUUGUUUGUUUGGUUUUUUUUUGUGGAGAAAUUGUUACAAUUAUGCAAAUGAUAUAUAAAACUCCACUCAGUGCCUUGUCUGUAUAAAUAUCAUUUGUAUGGGCUGGUCCCAAGAGUGUUAUAGCCAUGUUUAUUUAUUGUCAUGUGUCUCGUUUUAAAAUUGCUAAUAAAAUGAAUUAUUUUCUACAAACUUCUGUUGUAAUUAUGUUGCAUAGAAUAAAAUUUUUAAAAUAAACCGUG